AUGGCGGCCCAACCUGAGCCAGAGAUUACUCUAUAUGACCUAGCUUGUACUCAAAACACAUGUUUCUCGCCUACGGUCUGGCGUAUUCGUCUUAUGCUUAAUUACAAAGAAAUCCCUUAUAAGACCGUUUUUCUCGAGUUUCCAGAUAUCGAGCCAACGUUGAAAGAAUUAGGCUUAGUCCCUAGCGAAACCUCUACGGGCGUCAGAAAUAAAUAUACCGUCCCAGCAAUCCAUCAUGUCCCCACCAACACCUACAUCAUGGACUCCCUCCCCAUCGCUCAGUUCCUCGAAUCCACAUAUCCAGAACGUCCUAUACCACUAACAUCCGAACACGGCCGCCAGAUUGAAUCGGAAGCACGGCUUGUUGUCGGUAAAGUAUUCCAAACAACCAUCACACCCAGGGAGAUCCACAUCCUGUCACCUCGCUCGCAAGAGUACUUUCGAAGAACGCGUGAGGCGACGAUAGGACGUCGACUUGAAGAUCUUCUGCUUGAGCCGGAGAAAGAGGAUCAGCUUUGGAAAGGGAUGGACGACAAGAUGCGUGCCGUGAGCGAGUUAAUUAUGGAAAACAAGGAUAAGGGGCCUUUUGUGUUGGGUGACCAGAUCAGUUAUACAGACUUCUUCAUUGCUGGAUCUUUGCAGUCGAUAAGAGUUGUAGAUGAGAGCUUGUUUCAGAGGAUUUUUGCGUAUGAAGGAUUUAAGGCUGUUUAUGAAGCGUGCUUGGCUCAUAUGGAGAAGAAGGAUUGA